GACGUCAGUUAAUGUUAAAAUCUGAGGUUUAUGAGAGGACGGCGGUCAAUCUGGGAUUGCAUUUACGAGCGAUCUGAUCGACAUUAGAGAAAAAUAUCAGUGUUCUUUAUCCUUUUCUCUUUAUUUCGUCCGGGAGGUCGGAAAAAAAAUUAAAGGGAAUUCAAAUCCUAUGAAAAUGCUGUUCAAAAAAGUGACUCACGUUAUUUUUGAUAUGGAUGGACUUCUUAUUGAGUCCGAGUCUGUGUAUGAUAAAAUUAUGAAUGACAUAGCAGCAGUAUAUGGUAAAGAAUAUACCACAGACAUUAGAGUGAAAGUUUUGGGAACCCCAGAAAAGGACACAGCCAGAAUAGCUGUCACAGAAAUGGGACUGCCCAUUUCACCUGAAGAAUUCCUAAUAAUUUACAAAGAAAAAGUACACAAGGAGUUGCAAAACCCAGUUCUAAUGCCGGGAGCUAAGGAACUGGUCAAACACUUUUAUAAGAACGAGAUACCAAUAGCAGUGGCGACAUCUUCUUCGCAGGAUUCUAUGGAGCUUAAGACAAAGAACCAUCAGGAUAUCUUUAAGCUGUUUCACCAUAUCGUUUGUGGAAGUACCGAUCCCGAGGUCAAGCAUGGAAAACCUGCCCCUGAUAUAUUUUUGGUGUGUGCCUCGAGGUUCCCCGAUAAACCCCAUCCUUCUCAGUGUCUGGUUCUCGAGGACGCUCCGAAUGGGGUGAGAGGGGCAAUAGCAGCGGGUAUGCAAGCCGUCAUGGUUCCGUCACCCGAUGUCGGUGAAGAACUCAGGAAACCAGCUACGUUAGUGUUACAGUCCCUGGAGGACUUUAAACCGGAACAGUUCGGGCUACCCGCCUGGGAAUAAGUCUAGUCCAAUUUUGUUUAUUUAUUAAAGUUUAAUGUAAUAGAGAAAUUAUAUUUUUAUAGACCGUAUGGUUUGUUUCUGGGUGCAAAAUUAUUUAUUUUAUUUUUAAUUGAUGUUUGUGCAUGGUGCUUUUUCAAAGAUUCUUUUAUCAGUAUUACGGUUCCUAAGCUGUAUAGUAAUAAUUUGUUAAAGGUUCACACACAUUUCUAGUGUGGUAGUCUUUGAUGAACACUUGCCACGAGUCGUUUAUGAUCUGUGUGUAGUUUUAAGUUUAAGUAGGCACAAUUAAACAUAUUGUCGUCGUUA